AUGGCAACGGAAAUGCAGUCGUUCUACACCCCCUCCACCUCCACACAUAUCUCGUCGCAUGCGCCGGCUGCAGUGGAUGAGCUGAUCAACAAAUACUCCUCCACCAUGACGAACUCCCCUUGUUCGAGUCAUUUGUCCAUGAAGCAACCCCGGCGCAACAUCUUGCAGCGAUCUGUCGACCGUAUCCGGCUGGAAUACUACCGCUACGAGGUUACAUUUGGACUCUAUGUAAUGACGCCAGGGGAGAAGCUGGUGGCCAACACCUUCGUGAUGGUCGUCUUGUCCUUGCUGUUCUGGGCACUGCUGGUUUAUUUCCCCGCGUUGCUGUACCAGAAGCUCAGCCGUCUCGUAUGGCUGUUGACCGGACACAGCAGCGAGGAAAUGGGUGCAGCCUUGGGCAUCCUCGACUCGCACGUCAACUCGAUAUCCACGCCUUCCACCUAA